UCUGCGGCUUAGGUGAGUAGCAAAUGGUGCCUGAGCUUAGGGUCGCGGGUAUAAAGAUGGAGGGAAGCCCCAAGGCGAUGCCAGCUUCUGCCAUGGUUCACGGAUGAAAAAGUGAAGGAUGGGAGGCGGAGUGAGGGAAAUGGUGGUUUCUAGUCCAACUUGGGCCAGCCGUUUACAGCCAAAGGCAGAAACUAACGGCAGGAGGAGUGUUCUGGGAAACGAAAGCGAAAGAGGCUUAACAGCUGGUAGUCGGGGAGGAACCGGCAGUCCGAGCUGGGCCGGCAGAUGAGGAUGGCUGCGGCCGGCUCCUUCCCGCUGCUGGUCGAAGGGUCCUGGGGCUCCCAGCCCCCGAAGAACUUGAGCACCAAGUUGCAGAUGUACUUCCAGAGCCGGAAGAGAUCAGGAGGCGGGGAGUGUGAAGUCUGCCAGGUGCCGGGAAGCUCGAACCGCUUCCUGGUGCUCUUCUACCCGGACGACGUUCGGCAGCGAGUUCUGGAGCGAGAGAGCCAUGAGUUAGAAUGGCCAGGAAAAGGAACAUUCAAGUUAACUGUCCAGUUUCCCACAGUCCCAGAUGAAGUCCAGGAGGGGAAAAUUCCCACAAAGGAAUCCAAGACCAAAGAACAGGUUGAAGAAUCAGAUGCAUCAAAAGAACUAGAGGAAGACCUCUCUCUCAGUAGAAGAUCAGAAAAAGAGGAAGACACCCUGAAAGAAUGUGAAGAUAUUUCCUCUUUGGUUGCAUUUGAAAAUCUCAUGGCAGAUGUGACUGAUGUGAUGUUACUCUUGUUAGUGGAGAAUAUAAGUGGACUGACGAAUGAUGACUUUAAAUUGGAAUUUAUACGAGACUUUAAUAUGGCUGUAGUUACCUUUCAGACGAAUACCGAUGCCUUGAAAUUUGUUGGUGAAUGUCCCAAGCACCAUUCAGUGAAAAAACUUCAGCUUUCUGCAAGACUUCUGGAAGUGACAAGAACAAUUCGAGUUGAAAACCUGCCACCUGGUGUUCAUGACAGUGAUUUAAAAUGUUUAUUUGAAAAUCCUCAUAAUGGAGGGGGAAGAGUUGCCAGCAUUGAAUAUUUCCCUGAGGAGAGUUCAGCACUGAUUGAAUUUUUUGACAGAAAAGUGAUGGACACCAUCAUGACCAAGAAACUUGACCUCAAUAAUAUGCCACUCUCUGUGUUCCCAUACUAUCCUUCUUUGGGCACAGCCUUGUACGGGGAGGAGAAGCCUCUGAUCAAGCUUCCGGCAUCAUUCAGAGAAUCACUGGAUCUUUCCUUAUGGAAAUUCUUGCAGACAAAGAAUCAUCUGACUGAGGAGAUACAUGAUGAAAUGAGACGUUGUCACUGUGAGUUGACGUGGUGCCAGCUCAACAGUGAAGUGACCAUCAGACCUGCAGCCACCUUAGUCAAUCAAGGAAGACUAAGAGUCAAGACUUGGCGGAAAGAUGCUUCCACACUUUUCUCUGACAUCAGGUCUAAAUAUACAGUGACCCCAUUUAAAGUGGAUCCAACAGUGUGGGACACCAUUAAAGACAGUUUAGAAGAUGAUAGGAUUUUGAUUGAGUUUGAUGCACUCACAAGCAUUGUAACCCUAGUGGGGAAGUCAGAGGAUGUACAAAACAUUGAGCCACAGAUCAAGGACUUAAUAGAAAAUACCAUUCAAAAAAUUAAAAGAGAAGAGCAAAGUAUGAAACAAAAACUGGCCAUUACUUCAAGCAAGUAUUCACUUCUUUUGCACAGUGGCAUACAAGAGCGGCUCUACAUGGAGUGCCCAGAGGUGGAAAUUUAUUAUGAUGAAGCCUCUCAACACAUGUGCUUUAAAGGACUCCCUGCAGAAGUGUAUAAAGUAAAAUGUGAAAUCCAGGAAAAGGUAUACACCAUGGCUCAGAGAAGCAUUCAUGUUCACCCUGAGGUUUUCCAGUUUCUGCAACAGGUUGACUGUGCAGAAUUCUCUAAGUCUCUCUUUGUAGCACAGAACAUUCUUGCAGUUUACGAGCUAGAGGGCCCAACUGUCCUCUUAACUGGCUCUUCUUCUGAAGUCCUGUUGGAAGCUGAAAAGCAAAUGGUCAGUGCCUUAAUUUAUAAGUGCAUUGAUGUUGAGGACAGGGAAGUCCUUAACAGCAAGAAUUGGAAAGGGCUCACUGGAAAUUUGUGUAAGAAACACAAUUCCUCUUCAAAGACUGUAGUAAUCCAGGAGGUGACUUCAGAAACUGCAGCCCAGGUCAUCAUCGCAGGCUGUGUAAGAGAAGUAAAUAAAAUCUAUGACUCACUUUUUGACUUCGUGGAAAAUCACACAAAAGUAGAGAGAUGGACUGGAGUAAAGACUUCCUUAAUUGUUCAUUAUUUAAAAGCAGAAAAGCAAAUCUGGUCAGAGAUAAGGAGGAUGAAUGUUCAGGUAAAUUUUAAUCCUGAGAACAAGCAAAAAGGCAUUUUACUAAUUGGCCCAAAGGCCAAAGUCCUGGAGGGGAUGAAAAUUGUCAGACAAGUCUUGGAUUCGGUGUGUGUUAAAAGCAUCUGUAAUGAUAAACCGGGAGCUGGUCAGUUCUUUCAGGAUAAAGCACGGUAUUAUAAAACUGAGGUCAGAAGAUUAUUUGGUUGUUUUAUUGAACUGAAGAAAGAUGAAGAAAAGGAGGGAGGUGGCACUGGUGGGCAGAGGUGCUUAUUUCAGACAGAUUUAGCUCCUGGAGUCUCGCUAAUUGUGCAGCAAGGCGACUUGACACACUUUCCUGUCCAGGUGGUGGUGAACGCGGCCAAUGAGGAACUCAAGCUCAGGGGGGCCUUGGCUGCUGCUCUUCUAAGAGCAGCUGGCCCUGAGCUUCAAGAAGACUGUGACCAGAUAUUGAAGAGAAUGGGCAAGAUCUUACCUCCCUGGGCCGUCAUCUCGAAAGCAGGAAAGCUCCCAUACCAGCAUGUGAUCCAUGCAGUCGGGCCUCAGUGGAAGAGUGAUGAGGCCCUGAAAUGUGUGUGGCAGCUAAAGACUGCUGUGAAAGAAAGUCUCAAUUUGGCUGUUAAACACAAGUACCAAUCCAUAGCCAUCCCUGCUAUUAGUUCCAGAACCUCAAGCUUUCCUCUAUCCCAGUGUGUGGAGACCAUUGUUUUGGCGAUCAAGGAAUGGUUCCAGUUUAAGAAGGAUGGAUGCACCUUGAAAAAGAUUUACCUUGUGGAUAUAGCUGAGAAGACUGUUGAGGCAUUUGCUGAAAGUGCCAAAAGUGUAUUUAAAGACACCCUGCCUGAUGGUUUACCAGCAGCAGUCCAGCCCGACUUGAGAAAAGAUCAUGGAAAUGGAUCAAGUCUGUUGACCCCAGAAGGCCUGAGGAUCCUAUUGGUGAAAGAAGAUGUGCAGAAUGCUACAACCCAUGUUGUUGUCAACUCCAUUUCCUCGGAUCUUGAGCUCGAUAGGGGGCCCCUUUCCAAGGCCCUCUUGGAAAAAGCAGGACAAAAGCUCCAGGAGGAAUUGAAGACAGCUGGACAAGGGGUGGUUGUUGAUGUGGGCACUGUUCUCCAAACCAGCGGCUGCAAUCUGCGUUGCCACCAUGUGCUUCACGUGGUGGCUCCGAACUGGAAUAAUAACAAACCGUCUUCACAGAAGAUCAUGGAAAACAUAAUCAGAGAAUGUUUGGAGAUCACUGAGAGUUUGUCCUUAAACUCAAUUGCAUUUCCAGCAAUAGGAACAGGAAAUCUGGGGUUUCCUAAAGAUGUUUUUGCUGAAUUAAUCACCUCAGAAGUAUUCACAUUCAGUAGAAAGAAUCAACCCAGAACUUUACAAGAGGUUUGCUUUCUGUUGCACCCAAGUGAUCGUGAAAAUAUUCAGGCAUUCUCAGAUGAAUUUGCCAGAAGAGCUAAUGAAAAUUUCAUCAGUGAAAAAAUUUCCAAGGCUGAAAGUACACAAGAUUUCUAUGGGACUAUUUCUAAACCUGAUUUAGGAGUGUAUGAAAUGAAGAUUGGGCCCAUCAUUUUCCAGGUAGCCUCUGGAGAUAUCAGCAAAGAAGAGGCAGAUGUGAUCGUAAAUUCAACAUCAAAGUCAUUUAAUCUCAAAGCAGGGGUCUCCAAAGCAAUUUUAGAAAGUGCUGGGAGAAAUGUGGAAAUAGAAUGUUCUCGCCAAGCUCAACAGGGCCACGGUGAUUAUAUAAUUACUGAAGGUGGGUUUUUGAAGUGCAAGAAUAUCAUUCACGUCAUUGGUGGAAAUGAUGUCAAGAGAUCGGUCACCUGUAUUUUGAAAGAGUGUGAAAAACGCCAUUACUCGUCUGUUUGCCUCCCGGCCAUCGGGACAGGUAGUGCCAGACAAGACCCAGAUAAGGUUGCAGUAGCCAUAAUUGAUGCCAUUGAAGAAUUUAUUCAGAAAAGAUUAGUCCAGUCUAUGAAAAAAGUUAAAGUUGUUAUCUUUCAGCCUCAAGUACUGGAUGUAUUUUAUGCCAACAUGAAAAAAAGAGAAGAAACUCAGGCUUCUUUCCAACAGUCUAUGAUAUCUAAAAUUGCAUCAUUUUUGGGCUUCUCAAGUAAAUCUCCCAAAAAACGGACUCUGGUUUUAGAAAAGAAAACAGAAAUAGCAGUUUUUCAGGUGUGUGGUAGAAAUGUAGAAAGUGUGGAAGCCGCUCUCUUGUGGAUACAGGACCUCAUUCAAAAUGAACAGUGUCCCUACAGCAGUGAAGAUGAAUGUAUCAAACACUUUGAUAUAAAUGAAUAUAAAGAAUUGAAUGAGCUUCAGAAGAAGCUAAAUAUUUCCAUUUCCUUGAACUGUGACAGACCUUUGAUUGAGGUUUCUGGAAUUACCAAAGAUGUGAUACAAGCUAGAAAUGCAAUUGAGGACAUGAUCAAGAGAGUUAGAUUGUCCAAAGAACAGGAAUCUUUGGCAGAUCGUACCAGUGAUUUUGUAGAAUGGCAAUAUAAGGACUAUAAUAAUAAAUUUCAUAGUUUUGACAAAAUAACCAACAUGCAAUUGGAGGAUGCAAAGAAACAAAAGAGAAAGACAAUUGAUGUCAAAAUCAAUAAUCAGAGCUACACAGUGGACUUGAAGACAUAUAUUGCUACAGAUGCAAAAGGAAACAGCUUAUCUGUUCAGCGCCAUACAAAAUCUGAAGUUGAGCUGCCCCCAUACUGGAGUGAUAUGAAGCAGCAGAAAGUCUGUGUGGUUGAGCUACAGCCUGAUCAUCCAGAAUACAAAACUGUGGCAAGCAAGUUUCAUGAGACCUGUGCUCAGUUCAUCAUAGAGAAGAUUGAGAGGAUUCAGAAUCCAGAGCUCUGGAAACACUAUCAGACAAAGAAAAACAACAUGGAUGCCAAGAAUGGCCAGAUGACCAAUGAGAAGCUGCUCUUCCAUGGGACAGAUGCUGACUCAGUGGCACUUGUCAACGGAAAAGGCUUUAACCGCAGUUACGCUGGAAAGAAUGCUACAGCAUAUGGAAAGGGAACCUAUUUUGCUGUCAAUGCCAGUUACUCCGCCAGUGAUGUGUACUCCAGACCAGACAUAAACGGGAAGAAGCAUAUGUAUUAUGUGCGAGUACUCACUGGAUCCUACACACUUGGAAACAGAUCAUUAAUUGUGCCUCCUCCAAAGGACCACCAAAAUCCUAUUGACUUAUAUGACACUGUCACAGAUUGUGUGCAAAAGCCAAAUUUAUUUGUGGUAUUUUAUGACUACCAGGCUUACCCAGAGUACCUCAUUACUUUUAGACAGUAACAUUUUGGUAACCUUUGCAGAAGAUAUUAUUUAUCUAUACAUAUCUGUAAAGCAAGUAGUCGUGUUUUUUUUUCUUUUUCUCUCUUAACAGCUUUUUCUAAGAUCAAAGGACCUUUGUCACUGAAAUAAGACUUUCUCCAGCCUCUCUUUCAUAACUGGAAUAAACCUAUAUUGAGAGCAAUAAAUUUGAGAAUUUAGAUCUGAUAACUGUUAGCACUGUGUCCUUAAUCAUGGACAUCAAAUCUGUAGAAGUACAGGUGUGUCAUUUCCUUCCAGGAAGGAGAGACUAACAUUAAUCUUAAAGGCAGGGGACACGGUGACGCAGUUUCAGCUGCCACUGACAGACAUGUCAGGACCCCAUUACUGCUGUGGGGAGCACCGUAUUAUCCCCCAUACAUGGUGUCAUGUCAGGACCCCAAACUACUGUGGGGAGCACAGUUUUACUAAGUGGGUGGGGCUGCUGUCUUCCCUGGGUGCAGGAAUGGUGUCUAAUUUUUUUUAUCCCUGGGCUGAGGUCUGUGCCUAAUGUACAAUGGAUGCUCUACAAGUAUUUUAUAAACUAAGAAUGAAGAAGUCCCAGUCAGACUCCUGACCACUUCAACACCCUUGACUUAUUGUCACUUUGCUGCAAACUGAAGAGAUUCCAUCACAGGGAACUGUAUUCUUCUCAAACCAGCUGUGACACAUGGCACUGCUCUGGUCAGGGCUCUGGGACUGCAGUGUUGCUGUGCCCUGCACAGUCCAGGGGCUGGGGUCUAGCUUGGGGACUAGGUGAAUCAUGUCCCACGGAGUUGUGCAGUGUAGCAGCCCUGUUUCCAACUGGUCCUUUUUCAUGAUGAACCCAAAUCUGCCUUCUUGUAACUUCUAUUCGUGGUCUUAGUUCUGCCCAGCAGAAAAAAAGGGGGGUAAUGCCUGCUGUGUCUUCAGUAUGAAACCCUUAUAUUAAGAUUAAAUGAACCUAAGUGUAUUAAAUAGCUUAUUUUCCUUGGCAGCCUAACUUUUGAUGAUUUUAAAGCCUUAGGCAUAAAUAAACCAAAGGAAUUAAGCAGUCAUAUUACUAAUUUGCUAACUCCCUAUCUAUUGGAUAGUAAUGAAAGUUUCUUUUAUAACUUCCCUAAGUAAAUUUCAGAUUCAAACAUUAUUUAUUUAGUGCCUAUAUUGUACCAUGUAGUAUAAUACAUGCUUUCACACAGUGUUUAUUUUAUUCCCCCGAACACUUUUGUAAGAAUUAUACCCUAUUUUAAAGUUGAAGAAACUGAUGCUUAGAGCAUGAGAAGCUUCCUUGCCUGAGGUCCCCUGCAUAAUAGCCCUGAGAGCCAGCAACUGAAUCUGGGUCUCUGUGUCAUCAAGCCCUUUGAUCUUCCUACUGUAGAACAUGGCCUCGAGAUUAAAGUUACUGACUCAGGAACAUCUCAGACAAUGUGUGUAUUAUCCUCAUAUUUCCAUGGUCUUGUCCUUUCUGGCUUUGGUUUUCACUGUAGAGGCUCUUCAUUUUGAAGUUCUGAAGCCCAAGAGGCCAGAGUUAUGCCCAUGGGGAGCCAGGACAGAUGGUGAACUUGGAUGGUAGGGGUCACCAGGAGGAUACAGGCACUCUUUCUUGGCCUCAGGGAGCAACACCUGCACUUCAAGUAGAGGAGGUUGAGGGGCCAGAGUGGCCACUUCAUUAAACACAGACGUCUUGAAAUUUUUCUUGCUGUUGCUGUUUUUUAAGUGGAUUGGCAAAGACUCCUUAUUGCUUAGGAGUGACUUCUUAGACACUGGCAUCUGAACUUGGGCUUGACAGUGAAUAUAAGAAAUAAAAUGGAGAGAUCUGCUGUCUUACUUGUUCUUCAGUGGUUUGGUUAACUUAGGCAAGGCUGAAUAUCAGGGUGUACUGCACCAAGUAUGACAGAGAUGCAGUCCAUAAAUGUUACAGUUACCCUCAAUCUAAGGAAUAUAUUAUACAACAAAGGGAACAUGGCCAAUAUUUUAUAAUAACUAUAUAUGGAGUAUAACCUUUGAAAACUGAACCACUAUACUGUAUAUAUGUAACAUAUAAUACUGUAUAUCAACUAUAAUAAAAUUUUUUUACAAUAAA